AUGGGAAUCGCGAGCGCAAAUACCCGACUGGCCGUACGAGGAGGUGGCCCCGCACACCCGCCCGGACCAACAGCGCCGCCGGCGCAAAGAAGCCCCGCCGGCCCAGCGUCCGCGCAGCGCACCGACGGCGUGACACCGGGGCAGCCGUGGAGAAUUGCGUAUCGAUCGGCCGGAGAGCGGCCCAGCCUAGCACAAAUACCCGCCGGGAUGCGGCGAGCAGAGAAUCGCGCAGCUUGCCCCGUGAGACCGCGCCGCGCGCGAGCGCCGCCCCCGCCCGGACGCCGCGCGCGCCCCGACCCGGGCCCCGGCGCCCCGGGGCCGGGCGGCGCGACACCCCCGCCGGCGCGAGACGUGCCCGGCACCGUAUUUAUCAUGAUCGCCCACCACCAGCCCAACCGCGCCGCCCACGCGCAGCCGCCCCGGCAACACCGGCCCACCGCCGCCCCCCACGGGCCCCCACACCACCGACAGCAGAAACCGGGACACACCGCCCCACACGCCCGGCCGCCGGGGGUUGCGCCCCCCGCGGCCAGCCGUAGAAACAUCGCCGGGAUCGGCGACGCCGACAUACGCUGCCCGUGA